CCGCGGGCGACCGUCCGGACGACGACGUCUCCAUCAGUACUGUGAGUACUGUGCGUACCAUAUAAAAGAGAGCUGAUGGUGGAACGCGGGUGACGUCUGCUUCUGCUUCCUGUUCCCUGCUUCCCGCUUCCUCGCGGCCCUGUUCACUGGCAACAGCAUUCGUUUUGUGCCAGCCCUACGAUGAUUGCGGGUCGCUUCCUCACCCUCCUCCCCGCCGUCCUCGCGUCGGUCAGGUUGGGCAGCGCGGACGUCACAAGCGGUCUUCCUCGGGACGUUACUAGCGGCCUGCCUCGCGAUGUCGAAGAGCGCGCGGCGGACCCCUGCGCGACGAUCGGCGGCAAGACCUGGGCGGCACCUGCGGACGUGCGCGCGUGCUACCAGUCGUUCCCCGUGAACGAGACCGAGAAGGCGAACAUCAUCGAGGUCGUGAACAAGACGCUCGCGUUCCACACCUCGGUCAACUACGAAAAGCUCGCGCCCCCGCCGUUCACGCUCGACGUGCACGAGGACCUGCUUCGGGACCUCGCGCGCAUCCAGCAUCAGAAGUACGCGAGCGACUACGACCUGCACAUCGACCUCUCUCGGACGCUCAAGCGGCUCGACGACGGCCACUGCGUGUAUAUCAACUACUGUUACGAUUCGCUCUUUGUGAACUACCUUCCCACUCCUUUGGUCCUCCUGACCGACGACGCCGGCCACCAGUCCGUGCACAUUGCGCCCGAGGCGUUCACGGUCGCCACCGCCGAGUUCGCGGACGAGGUGCAGACCUGGCAGGACGCUCUGCCCGGCGCACUCAAGGGCCAGCUUGCUUCGCUCUCUGGCGCGAAGGUCCUCGCGAUCAAUGGCCAGGACCCGUGGAUCGCCGUCGACGCGAACGCGGCCAUCGCGGGGUCCUUCCAGGGUCUCGGCACCCGCCAGAACGGGUACUUCGCUAGCUACAACGCUGGCGCCGGCGGGUGGACGUACAGUCUGGGCCAGUUCGCGCAGCAGUCCCUCCCACUGAGCGACUCCGUCAGGCUCACGAUCCAGCGCGUGAACAGCACGAAGAUCGAGACCGUCUCCCUCCCCUACCGCUCGCGCUUCGGCACGACCGGCACCAACUUCACCGACUCGGCCUCGUACCGCGCUAACAACUGCGUCGCCGGAGACUCCACGAAUGGCGUCGACUAUUAUGCCGAGCCCUCCUCCACCACGCCCGUCAGGCGCGAGGACGCGCCUUCGACUGCUGCGGUAAACCCGGCGAACAAGUUCCGCCAGGCUCCAAUGCCCGACACCGCGACGCAGCGGCGGUACCCGAUGAACGUCAUGCUCGACUCGGCACCGCAGCUCGACAUCGCGCUCCCGCCCACGCUCGUCCCGACGGACCCGCAGCCGGGGAGCGCGAGCGUCGUGCAGUUCUACCUGCUCGACGACGGGAAGACGGGGGUGCUCGCGCUGGGCAGCUUCUCUGGGGACUCGUUCGAGAACUUGGAGACGAACCUGUUGACGGGCCUGCAGGGCCUGAAAGCGAAGGGCGCGACGCAGCUGAUCGUGGACGUGUCGAAUAACGGGGGCGGGUACAUCUGCAUCGCGCACUGGCUCCACCGAAUCAUCGCCGGCCCCAAGUCCACGACGGUGCCUCAGGCUGGGCUCGACACGCAGACGCGCGACGGCCCUCUGGCGCAGCUGAUUGUGAAGGCGAUCGCCGCUGACCCGUCGCUCGACCCGGACGAGUUCCUGCUCUACAACCCCGUCGCGUGGACGUUCGCAAACAACACGAAGAUGCCCGCAGGCUACGACUGGCUGCAGCCCCCGGUGAAGAAGACGGUGAACGGCGUCGCGGACGCGUUCUCGCAGCGGCUGGGGCAGGAGUGCCAGCCGUUUGACGUGGACGCACCGGCGGAGGCGCUGUUUGAUACGAGGAAGGUGGUGAUCGUGGGCAAUGGGCGGUGCGCGAGCUCGUGCUCGCUCUUCUCCAUCACGUUGGCGAAGGAGGAGGGCGCGAAGACGGUGGUGUACGGGGGCAAGCGCGACGUCCCUCAGCAGUACUGCGGCACGGUCGGGGGCCAGUCGACUGACUUCUCGACGAUCGACUCGGAGGUCAAGACGACACACCUGAAAAACAACUCGCUCGCGCCGCCUGACUUCCUCACGAACUCCGUCCAGGGUAUCACGUGGCGCCUGGGCUUUGGCAUCGACAACAAGAACGAGCCUGAGGAGUGGCAGAACCACCCUGCCGAUGUGAACCUGGCUUUGACUGCUGACAUCGUCAGUAACCCAGCUGCUAUUUGGAAGAAGGUGGCUGAGACCGUGCUGUAAAAGACGAUAUCUCUCUGGGUAUCGGGUGCUACUGGUUCCUUCCUGCUACGGUAAAACAUGGGGACGAUACAUUCCUUACCGCAUAAAUCCAUGCUUAGAUGCUGCGC